AGGAGGAGCAGCGGGAGGAGGAGAGGAGGAAGCGUCCGCGCGCUCCGGCGCCCCCGGAGGUACCUGGCUGUACUGAGCCGCGCCGACAGUUAAUCAUCUGCAGCCCGGGAGCCGCGGGCCCCGCCGCCGCACAGGCGCCGCCUCUCGUUUUCCGGGCCCCGGCACUUCUGGGGUUCCGGGCGCGGGAGCGCAGGGGGCCCCCAUGGAGGCCACGUCUCGGGGUGCCGGGGACGCGCAACCGCGCGCGGGCUCCCGGGCCAGCCUGCUGCGGCGGGCGUGGGGCAAACUCUUCACCUGGAACAUUCUGAAGACGAUUGCACUGGGCCAGAUGCUGUCGCUGUGCAUCUGUGGCACGGCCAUCACCAGCCAGUACCUGGCUGAGAGGUUUCGGGUGAACACGCCGAUGCUGCAGAGCCUCACCAACUACAUCCUGCUCUUCCUUGUCUACACAGUGAUGCUGGCCUUCCGGCCAGACAGCGAAAACCUUCUGUACAUCUUGAAAAGGAAGUGGUGGAAGUAUGUCCUUCUGGGCUUGGCAGAUGUGGAAGCCAAUUACCUGAUUGUCCGGGCGUACCAGUAUACGACGCUCACCAGCGUCCAGCUCCUGGACUGUUUUGGGAUCCCCGUGCUGAUGGCGCUCUCGUGGUUCAUCCUGUAUGCACGGUACCGUGUCAUCCACUUCGUGGCCGUGGCUGUGUGUCUGCUGGGUGUGGGGACCAUGGUCGGUGCGGACAUACUAGCCGGAAGGGAAGACAACUCAGGGAGUGAUGUGCUCAUCGGAGACGUCCUGGUCCUGCUGGGCGCGUGCCUCUACGCCGUGUCCAACGUGUGUGAGGAGUACAUCGUGAAGAAGCUGAGCCGCUGCGAGUUUCUGGGAAUGGUGGGGCUGUUUGGGACCAUCAUCAGCAGCAUCCAGCUGCUUCUCGUGGAGUACAAGGAUGUGGCCAGCAUUCCCUGGGACUGGAGAAUCGCGCUGCUCUUCGCUGCCUUCGCGCUCUGCAUGUUCUGCCUGUACAGCUUCAUGCCGGUGGUGAUCAGAGUCACCAGCGCCACCUCAGUCAACCUGGGCAUCCUGACCGCCGACCUCUACAGCCUGUUCUUCGGACUCUUUCUGUUUGGCUAUAAGUUCUCGGGACUCUACCUCCUGUCCUUCACCAUCAUCAUGACGGGCUUCGUCCUGUACUGCGCCACCCCGACGCGUACCGCGGAACCCCCAGCCAGCAGCAUCCCGCCCGCCGCCAGCAUCGGUUUCGACAACCUGGGGCUGAAGCUGGAGGAGAGCCCGCAGGAGCUGCCCGCCGCCGUGGUGUAGCUGGAGCCGGCGCCCCCGCGCCCCGUGGGACCCUGGGGGAGCUGGGUGCGAGCAACAGGCGCUAACGGGACCCCGGAGAUGGACCGCAGAACCUGGCAGCUGGGAAAAGGGGCCAGCAGGCCUUGGGGCGCCCCGAGGGGCUGCCUGGGCGCCCGGGAGGUGCUCGGAGCGGGGCUGCGGGGGUCCAGCCACAGAACGUGGCACACAGGAGACGCCGCGACUCGGAGGGGCCCAGGACGUCCGGGGACUCCCGUGCAGAGCCACCAAUAGC